CUGCCCUUGGUACCUACCCUGGUACAACCAAGGUACUGGUGUGGCAUUGGUUAGUGCUUUAUGGUUUGGUAGGAGAAUUGAGAUUCUGUUUCAAUCAACUUCCAGCUAGGAGGUUAAUGAUAACACUGUUUCUAUCGAAAGCCGUGCAGAAUCAGGCCCCCAGUGUCUGGUCUGGAGCGUGAAAUCACAAGCUCAGCUGGUCGGCUACUGCGUAGCAGCCUAGCGGUGCCAAAAGCCCUGGAGCCUCUUUUAUAACCGCCAUUUCAUUAAAGAGUACGACUCCGGGAUGCUGACCUUCUAGGCAGAGUUGCAAAGAAAAAGACAUAUCUCAUUAUAUGAAGCUGCCAGUUGAGGACCUGAGAGGCGUCUGUUUCUCAAACUAGACACUCCAAUGUAUUUGUCCUCUUGCUCAGUUUUGCACCGGGGCCUCCCACUCCUCUUUCUAUUCUGGUUAGAACCAGUUUGCACUGUUCUGUGAUGGGAGUAGAACACAGCGUUGUACGAGAUCUUCAGUUUCUUGCCAAUUUCUCGCAUGGAAUAGCAUUAAUUUCUCAGAACAAGAAUAGACUGACGAGUUUCAGAAGAAAGUUAUUUGUUUCUGGCCAUUUUGAGUCUGUAAUCGAACCCACAAUUGCUGAUGAUCCAGAUACUCAACUAGUCUCAAGAAGGCCAGUUUUAUUGCUUCUUUAAUCAGCACAACAGUUUUCAGCUGUGCUAACAUAAUUGCAAAAGGGUUUUCUAAUGAUCAAUUCGCUUUUUUAAAUGAUAAACUUGGAUUAGCAAACACAAUGUGCCAUUGGAACACAGGACUGAUGGUUGCAGAUGAUGGUCCUCUGUACGCCUAUGUAGAUAUUCCAUAAAAAAUCAGCAGUUUCCAGCUACAAUAGCCAUUUACAACAUUAACAAUAUCUACACUGUAUUUCUGAUCAAUUUGAUGUUAUUUUAAUGGACAACAAAAUUGCUUUUCUUUCGAAAACAAGGACAUUUCUAAGUGACCCAAAACUUUUGAACGGUAGUGUACAGUGAGGGAAAAAAAGUAUUUGAUCCCCUGCUGAUUUUGGACGUUUGCCCACUGACAAAGAAAUGAUCAGUCUAUAAUUUUAAUGGUAAGUUUAUUUGAACAGGGAGUGACAACAAAAAAAUACAGAAAAACGCAAAAUGUUAUAAAUUGAUUUGCAUUUUAAUGAGGGAAAUAAGUAUUUGACCCCCUCUCAAUCAGAAAGAUUUCUGGCUCUCAGGUGUCUUUUAUACAGGUAACGAGCUGAGAUUAGGAGCACACUCUUAAAGGGAGUGCUCCUAAUCUCAGCUUGUUACCUGUAUAAAAGACACCUGUCUACAGAAGCAAUCAAUCAAUCAGAUUCCAAACUCUCCACCAUGGCCAAGACCAAAGAGCUCUCCAAGGAUGUCAGGGACAAGAUUGUAGACCUACACAAGGCUGGAAUGGGCUACAAGACCAUCGCCAAGCAGCUUGGUGAGAAGGUGACAACAGUUGGUGCGAUUAUUCACAAAUGGAAGAAACACAAAAUAACUGUCAAUCUCCAUCGGCCUGGGGCUCCAUGCAAGAUCUCACCUCGUGGAGUUGCAAUGAUCAUGAGAACGGUGAGGAAGCAGCCCAGAACUACACGGGAGGAUCUUGUCAAUGAUCUCAAGGCAGCUGGGACCAUAGUCACCAAGAAAACAAUUGGUAACACACUACGCCGUGAAGGACUGAAAUCCUGCAGCGCCCGCAAGGUCCCCCUGCUCAAGAAAGCACAUAUACAUGCCCGUCUGAAGUUUGCCAAUGAACAUCUGAAUGAUUCAGAGGAGAACUGGGUGAAAGUGUUGUAGUCAGAUGAGACCAAAAUAGAGCUCUUUGGCAUCAACUCAACUCGCCAUGUUUGGAGGAGGAGGAAUGCUGCCUAUCACCCCAAGAACACCAUCCCCACCGUCAAACAUGGAGGUAGAAACAUUAUGCUUUGGGGGUGGUUUUCUGCUAAGGGGACAGGACAACCUCACCGCAUCAAAGGGACGAUGGACGGGGCCAUGUACCGUCAAAUCUUGGGUGAGAAUCUCCUUCCCUCAGCCAGGGCAUUGAAAAUGGGUCAUGGAUGGGUAUUCCAGCAUGACAAUGACCCAAAACACACGGCCAAGGCAACAAAGGAGUGGCUCAAGAAGAAGCACAUUAAGGUCCUGGAGUGGCCUAGCCAGUCUCCAGACCUUAAUCCCAUAGAAAAUCUGUGGAGGGAGCUGAAGGUUCGAGUUGCCAAACGUCAGCCUCGAAACCUUAAUGACUUGGAGAAGAUCUGCAAAGAGGAGUGGGACAAAAUCCCUCCUGAGAUGUGUGCAAACCUGGUGGCCAACUACAAGAAACGUCUGACCUCUGUGAUUGCCAACAAGGGUUUUGCCACCAAGUACUAAGUCAUGUUGUGCAGAGGGGUCAAAUACUUAUUUCCCUCAUUAAAAUGCAAAUCAAUUUAUAACAUUUUUGACAUGCGUUUUUCUGGAUUUUUUUGUUGUUAUUCUGUCUCUCACUGUUCAAAUAAACCUACCAUUAAAAUUAUAGACUGAUCAUUUCUUUGUCAGUGGGCAAACAUACAAAAUCAGCAGGGGAUCAAAUACUUUUUUCCCUCACUGUAUAUAUGUCCCCCCCACUUCUAAAAACAAAGUUGAGCCCCUGCAUAAAGCCUAUCUAUUUACUAGGCUACUAGGUCCAAUUAAAUGAGAGAUGUGCAUGGUAAUUUGUUGUAUGGCUCAGGAAUAUGAACCUAUCACGGCCAGAAAAGGUGAGGAAUAUAUUCUGCAAUGGUUAUGAAAAUAAAAUACGAAAAAGAUUCCUAUGUAUAAUUAUAAGAUUAUUUUAGACUAAAAAUAAUUCUGGUCUGCCCUAGAAAGCCUAUGUAAAUUAGGAUCACCAGAAUGGCCAAAGCAAAAACAAUGUGCCGGUUAUUUUGGCCUCUAAAAUGUGUUUAUUAUGAUUAAGUUCGAUCCCCACGGUGAAUUAUUUUAAAAUCCGCUACAAAUCGAGAUAUUUAAUUAAAUAGUGAGUAAAUCCAUUAUGACUACUACAUUAAUUUUGUCGUCACACAUGACCACGUGCUAACACAGAACAAUCACGGGCCGGCAGUCUACGAGGAGGAUCCCGGUUGACUCUCAAGCAGGAUUAAAACGACUACAUCGACCAUGAUCCUUUGCUAGUUACGGACACUUUCACAAUGAUCCUUAAUUCAAAUAGUUUCGGCUUCAUGCGCUAUCGAGAGUUUUCCAUAGGAAUACAUGGAUGACGUCAGCGCUAUCACUGUCUACUGGUUUUAAUGUCUAUGUGCAGAAUUGAAUUUGUCUCAUUUGUUUGACUUCUUCCUUUAUCUCUCCCUCACCAUGUCUGUGCAGUUCGUACUGGGUAUGUGUUGCGGGAGUGUGGGCCUGAUGGGCAGUGGGCCAUUAACAACACCAGUAGCAACUGGAGGGACCACUCCCAGUGCAACGCAGACAACAACCAGCAGGUAGCACAGGUAAUACACAUCAUGCACCAGUAGUAGACCCUCUUCUCAGAACACGUAACAAGAGACAAAGGGUUAAUGCUUUUAAUUACUGAAUUUGACUUUUAGAAAACUUCACCAGUAGUCUUAGGAGACCCUCCAAGUACUGACAGAUGCUUUGAGAGGUGAACUAAUUCAUGGCCAAAUAGCCAUUCAAAAAGCAAUGGGUAAUAGAGUAGGUAUUCCAAUGGCCUACCACCUGUACAGGACAUAGAAAUGCAAUUACCAGAAUGGCCAUUAUUUUAUUAUAUUGCCCAAAUACUCUGAUUGCUUAUGAAUGUUGAGGUGGGCUAGCAACAGCAGCAGUUGCUGUCCCCUAAUGUUGACUUCCACUCAUCCCUAUCAGCAUGCUCAACUCACGUCCUCCUUACCCUUUCUUAAUUUCACAUUGAGUGCUGCACCCCAUUACGAGCUCAGUAAUGAAUGGCCCAUUCACUACAUGAAUAUAGAAUAUGUCAUUACUUAGUCUGUACUACAUACAGGGUUAUAGAUCUGCCAGGGCUACAGAGUGUGAGGGGUGAGCUCUGAGAGAUUUACGCUCCACUUCACCACUGUUUGACACCUGUUAUACUCGCAUGUUCUAAUCUGUGAGAUUCAUAAGCCUAGAGUAUACAUUAAUGGAGUGUCACAUUUUUAAUAGGAGCUUAUUUAGUGUACUGAGCAUCAUUAAAACAUUUAUGAACAUUUCCCAAGGCAUAAUAGACAACAAGACAAUAGGACUUCUUGCAGCAGUGCAUCUGCUUUGUCUGUAUCUGUGUCUCUGUUUGCACUCAAUCAAAAGGACAGGACAUUCGUUCAGUACAGCACAGCGCAUCCAUAAUAGAGUCAGAGAGUUAUAGGUGAAAACAGGGUCAUGUUGUUCCUUCGUCUACUUGGGAUUUGAGUGCAGGUCUUUGUGUGUCCACAGGAGAACCAGAUGGUGAUCUUGGCCUACUUCCGGGUGAUGUACACUGUGGGCUACUCUCUGUCCCUGGCCAGCCUUUCCCUGGCCCUCGUCAUACUGCUCAUCUUCAGGUAAAUACUGUCUCUGACCACAGUCAUAAACAGUAUAUGGUCCAUCUUUAUAUGUCAGGAUUUGAUUCUGACUAUGGGACUGUUUGUUUGGACUAAGGCAAUGGCUUCACUUCUAGUCCUCUGAUGUGAAUUAGGCAAAUGUAAAUCAUACAGAUGUAGGAUCUUAAUUUGAGCCAGUUUGCUACAGCAGGAAAAUAAUCCUGCAGCAACACGAAAUGUGAAUUAUUAUGUGGAUUAUAAUUAAUGGAUAUUUCUUGUUACAGCAAAUUCUGAAAAUUUAAAGAGGAAAUUACAAACUUUAGAAGCCUUUUUAAACCUUGAAUACACAGUUUGCAUUUCCUGCACAAAAUUCCCAGCAACAAAAGAGUAAUCAAAUUAAGAUCCUACAUCUGUAUAUGACAUAUACAUGAUGCUGGAAAUAAUUUUGUGAUACAGUAAUCUCAUUGUCAAGUGUUGUACCCUAGGAAACUAAGGUGCACCAGGAACUAUAUCCACACCAAUCUGUUUGCGUCCUUCAUUCUGCGAGCCAUAUCCAUCCUCACCAGAGAUGCUGUUCUCACCAGGGACACCCCCGAGUUCAGAGACAACAGAGACGUGUCCAAUGUCCUCAGUGAUAAGGUCAGAACUAAAGGCUAUACACACUAAUGCAGGUUACAGGAACACACAUACACAAACAUACAGUUUAAAGACUCAAUUAAUCUCUCAUACUUUAGACAGCCAUCCUUGACCUCCUCCCCUGACCUUUGUCGUGACGUGACUUACUUUAAUGUAUGACUGUUAUUUAUCGAAUCACCUAUCUAUGUUUAAUCGUAACUCGAUUAAAUUAAUCAUAUAACAAUUCACUCAUCAGGAAUUUGGGGCACCACGGAAGAAGUUGUUUAAUGAGUUACCAUCUCCCGAAUUAAACUCUUAGAAGAUAUAUAUAUGUUAUAUAUCGAUAACAGUCACUUAUUAAAUAAUUACCUUUUAUCAGUCUUAUUCUGAACGUCGCAUAAUCCUUGAACCUGCAAGAACCCUAACCUUAUUGAUGAAUCAGCAAUACACAAAUUGGCUUAAUUAUUUAUUUACUCACUAACUAAAUAAUAACACAAUACAAACACACACACACAUAGGUUAUUCAUUACUAACGUAAUACAAUGAAACAGGUCCCUAGUGGACUGGACUAACACUAGCAUGACUGCUUGGUUAGGGGAAGGAGGGGUCAGUAUGGAAGGGAGAGACAGAGAUUCAAACUAUCGUAGUUACUUUGGAGACUAUGCUCACAGUAAUCAUAAUACUUAUGCACCCUAAUAACGGUCAUUUGGAUUAGAAAUGCAACAUGUAUUUACGUGAUGCGGUCCACAAUAGUUGAGUUGAUGAUGUAGGACGUUGGUUUGCCCACCAGAGAUCCCAAUGUCCUUGGUAGAGUUUCUGGCCGUAGUAGUGGUUAGAAUGGAUACUUCAGAUGUACCAGCGGUUGUCUGAGAGGGAUUGUCCUUCCCACUUCGUGUCUUUAGUGAAAGUUCUCUAGACGACUAUACAUGCCAGCUGCAGACUGAAAUGAUAAGGUCUAGUGCAUUGUCUUUUUCUUCACCUCGUGUUGAGAGUUUCAGAGUUUCUCAAUUUCAAAUGUGUGGACUAACGUCUCUGUCAUGACUUCGGCCGAGGCUACAUCCCCUCCUUCUUCGGGCAGGCUUCGGCAUUCUUCGGGCAGGCUUCGGCAUUCAUCGUCACCGGAGUACUAACCACUGCCGCCCCCAAUCAUCAUCACAAUUGUCUUGUCAAUCACACACACACCUGGUUCUAAUCCCCUAAUUAGUCUGUGUAUAAGUGUUCCCUCUUCCCCCUUGUCCUUGUGGGUGAUUGUUAUUUGUGGAGGUUAGUGAAGCUCGGUGGAGCUCGUGUAUUUUGUAUUGACGGGAGAUUUCCCAUGUGCCAUGUAUUUUCCAGUGCGCCUGUUUUGUGCCCUGGAGUGUGUUUGACGCAUAUCUGCGUAAACCUGUAUUUUUGCGGAUUAAAGCCUGUGUUUCAGUGAUUUAUCCUCCUGCGCCUGACUCCUUCCACACCACCUCAUCACAGAAUCACCCACCCGCUAUGGAGUCAGCGGGAGAAGAGCACAUGCCUGGAGUCGUGGCAAGGGUCCAGGAGCAUUCCAUGAUGCUGGCCAGCUUGGGGGAAGCGAUGGAUCGGGUUCUUCAGGUAGUCCAACGCCUGGAGAGGAGAGAACCCUAUCUGUCGAAACCAGCUGGCCAACCGGAUCCAGCCACCUACACCCCAGCACCCGGAGGGAUCCAGAUAUCCCGAACACGGGCGUUUGAUGGGACGGCUGUGCUGUGCCAGGGAUUUCUCCUCCAAUUGGAGCUUUACUUCGCCAGCAUCAGGCCGGAACCAUCGCAGCGGGAGAAGGUGUCCAUCCUCGUUUCCUGCCUCUGUGGGAAAGCCCUGGAGUGGGCCAACGCGGUAUGGAACGAAGGAGGAGCCGCGUUGGUGGACUACAGGGAGUUCGCUCGCCUCUUUCGGACUGUCUUCGAUCACCCGCCAGAGGGGCGAGAGGUGGGUGAGCGACUGGUCCACCUGAGGCAGGGGACGAGGACCGCGCAGGACUUCGCCUUGGAGUUUCGGAUGCUGGCAGCGGGGUCCGGGUGGAACGAGCGGGCCCUGAUCGACCAAUUCCGGUGCCAUCUGCGGGAGGACGUCCGACGGGAGCUAGCCUGCUGGGACACCAUGCUGUCCUUCAAUAAACUGGUGGACAUGGCCAUUGGGUUGGACAACCUGCUGGCAGCCAGAGGACGUCCUGGUAGGGGUCUGCUCGUUUCCAACCCGGACAACUCGGAUCCCGAGCGGAUGGAGCUGGGUGGAGCCGCCAGCCGAGAGAGCGGAGGAGGACAGCGACAGUGAAGGAAGGGACAGUACACCACACGUCGUAGUCAAAGUUCUUUUGGGCCUGGAGGCUGCAGGCAGGGCACUCACGCAUCACCCCAGGUAUCGAACACCCACACUUGUUCAGAGCCCUCUGUUGCGCACUGUACCCUACCUAUCCACUUUUCGAUCACAUGGUAGUUCCCCAGUGUACGGCGACUGUUGGAAAAUGACCUUCAUGCCAAGUCAGAGAAGUGUAUGUUUUUCCAGCAGUCCGUCUCCUUCCUCGGAUACCGCAUUACCACCUCAGGUGUGGAGAUGGAGGGAGAUCGCAUUUCAGCCGUGCAUAAUUGUCCGACUCCAACCACGGUUAAGGAGGUGCAGCGCUUCCUUGGCUUUGCCAACUACUAUCAGAGGUUUAUCCGGGGCUUUGGCAAAGUGACAGCUCCCAUUACAUCCCUGUUGAAGGGUGGGCCGUCCCGGCUCCGCUGGUCUGCUGAGGCUGACCUGGCCUUCAAGAGACUGCGGGGUCUGUUCACCUCAGCUCCUGGACUGGCCCACCCUGAUCCAUCACUACCGUUCGUAGUGGAGGUGGAUGCGUCCGAGGUAGGGAUAGGCGCUGUCCUGUCCCAACGCUCGGGCACGCCACCCAAGCUCCGCCCCUGUGCCUUCUUCUCUAAGAAGCUCAGCCCAGCGGAGCAGAACUACGACAUUGGUGAUCGGGUUGGUGAUCAGCUGUUGGCUGUUGUCCGAACCUUGGCCGUGUGGAGGCAUUGGCUCGAAGGGGCGAAACACCCUUUCCUCGUCUGGACGGACCACCAUAACCUGGAGUACAUCCGGGCAGCGAGGAGGCUGAAUCCCCGCCAGGCCAGGUGGGCCCUAUUCUUCACCCGGUUUGAGUUUACCAUGUCAUACAUUCCGGGUAUGAAGAACGUGAAGGCAGACGCACUGUCCCGGCUGUAUGACACAGAGGAGAGGCCCAGAGACAACACCCCCAUACUCCCGGCCUCCUGACAUUGUUAUGCCAGUAGUAUGGGCAAUGGACGCGGAUAUAGAGCAGGCAUUACUCACAGAUCCAUCUCCACCACAGUGUCUAGCUGGGCUGCGGUACGUGCCUGCUCUUAUCCGUGAUCAUCUGAGCUUCUGGGCACACACGUCACCCUCCUCUGGUCACCCAGGUAUCGGCCGUACAGUGCGCUGCUUGAGCGGAAAGUACUGGUGGCCUACAUUGGCUAAGGACGUGAGGGUGUAUGUCUCCUCCUGCUCGGUGUGCGCCCAGAGUAAUGCACCUAGUCACCUCCCAGCGGGUAAGCUACAACCAUUACCAGUUCCACACCGACCAUGGUCUCAUCUUAGUAUUGACUCUCGACCCGGAAUCUGCCCCUCCGCCUGCCCUGCCGGAAGCUGAGCCCACGGUUUGUGGGGCCGUUCAAAGUCCUGAGGAGAAUCAACGAGGUUACGUAUAGGUUGUUACUCCCCCCUGAUUACCGUAUUAACCCCUCGUUUCAUGUGUCUCUCCUCAGGCCGGUGGUGGUUGGUCCGCUCCAGGAGUCUGAGGAGCGGGAGGUUCCUCCACCUCCUCCGGCGUACUCUGUCCGUGCCAUCCUGGAUUCGAGGCAUCGGGUGGAGUGGGAGGUGUACGGUCCGGAGGAACGGUGCUGGGUCCCGGUGAGGGAUAUCCUCGAUCCCUCCCUGUUGUGGGAUUUCCACCGUCACCAUCCGGCUCGCCCUGCUCCGCGUCCUCCUGGCCGUCCCCGAGGCCGGGGUCGGCGCGCUGCUGGAGCUGCACGUCAGGAGGGGGGUACUGUCACGACUUCGGCCGAGGCUGCCUCCCCUUCUUGUUCGGGCAGGCUUCGGCGUUCGUCGUCACCGGAUUACUAACCACUGCCGCCCCCAAUUAUCAUCACAAUUGUCUUGUCAAUCACACACACACCUGGUUCUAAUCCCCUAAUUAGUCAGUGUAUAAGUGUUCCCUCUGCCCCCUUGUCCUUGUGGGUGAUUGUUACUUGUGGAGGUUAGUGAAGCUCGGUGGAGCUCGUGUAUUUUGUAUCGACGGGAGAUUUCCCAUGUGCCGUGUAUUUUCCAGUGCGCCUGUUUUGUGCCCUGGAGUGUGUUUGACACAUAUCUGCGUAAACCUGUAUUUUUGGGGAUGAAAGCCUGUGUUUCAGUGAUUUACCCUCCUGCACCUGACUCCUUCCACACCACCUCAUCACAGUCUCACGUUUUCUGGUCUUUCUAGUCUAACCAUUUUGUAACGUGUAGCUUACGCUCCACGUCCUUGUAGAAAUUCAACCAUUUGCAACGUUUAGCUCACACUUCACGUCUGCUGGUCUGAGGUGAAUUUCGUCACGAGGCUUUUUAUGCACUCGGGGUAAACGGGGUGUUCCAUCAUGUUUGUGCUCAUCUGGGCGUGGUCACUGACUGAGAACAAAUCAAUAUGGAAAACAAUCAUCUCAUCUAGAAUGCUAAAAUCACAUUGUUAUCUUCACAAAAGUAUUAUUAUACUUAAUCAUUCGUUUUAUACAACAAAUAGAUGCAAACCUCAUAACUGGGAAGUGUACCCCACCAGAGAUACAGUUAUGUUGUUCCACCGUCUUUACUGACAUCACAACAUAGUAACGAAUUUGACACGAUUGUUCUUUAUGUCCCCACCAACUAUUUCCCACAUACUUUUAAGUAGGAAUGUUGUUUCAUUAUCCACUUUUGGAUGUUGGAGUUUAGGCGGAAGACUUCCUUUGUUAACAAAGCGGUCCUUUCUCCCAAUACUUCAUGGCAAGGAAGAGAAAGUCUCUGCAAGGAAUUUACGACCGGUCAUAAAACUGGCCCCCAGGAAAGGGGGUGUUCAAACCUUUGCGUAGCAGGAAUCUUUGAUCCUCAACCCAUAAGGGCAAGUCAUGAUACCUUUGACCACUGAUCUUUGCCCCCAGGCCCUGUCUGGCUGCCGUGUGGCCCAGGUGCUGAUGCAGUACUGUGUGGGGGCUAACUACUACUGGCUGCUGGUGGAGGGCCUGUACCUUCACAACCUCCUGGUGCUUAUGGUCUUCUCAGAGAACAGCUACUUCUGUGGAUACCUCUUCAUCGGCUGGGGUAGAUACAUACUCACACACACACAUACACACAGAUGAACACACACGCAUGGUAAAUAAUAUAAAUACUGUUUCCUGACAGUAAUGUAUGGGUUAAUGGCACUGUGUGUAGGAUCCCCAGUGUUAUUUGUGGUCCCCUGGAUUAUAGUGCGGUACCUGUAUGAAAACACACGGUGAGUCACUCAUUUCCAUCCAAUCUUAUUUCCUCAUAAUCUGUUACUAAAAACUGAAUUCCAACUGAGAGAUUAUGAUUCAUCUCCUCCCAGGUGCUGGGAGAUCAACGAGAACAUGGCGUACUGGUGGAUCAUCCGCACACCCAUCCUCCUGGCCAUUCUGGUGAGUGUGUGUGGCAUGAGUGUCGACUGUGCUGUGUGCCCUAAAGCAGUGGGGGUCCAGGGGUGAGUCAUUCGUCAACCCCCUCCCCCCGCUUCCCCUGUAGUCUUGUCUCUUUGAAGUUAGCAGACCGUUACCUCUGAAAAUUGUGCAAACGUGAAAGCUGAGUGGGCAUGUUUUGGUUCCGGAAUGCACUGUACAUUAAAAUUAAUGGAUGACUCAUCAACCCAGAAGACAAAAUGAAUGUCUUUCUUUUCUUAGUAACACUUAACAAGUUCCUUGAAGCUUGAAUUCACCUUAUCUUAAGAGUGUUUAAUUAGCGUCUCUCAGUGAAACUCUGAGAGGAAGAAAAUAUAAUUUUUUCUACGGUAUUUUGCAUCAGAAGCAACAUGCCAGAAGAUAUGAGGAUUCUCCUGUCACAGAUUACUUGUCAUUUGUCCCACAACUCUCGCGUUGCCCCUCAGGAUAAAAUGCCUAACCUGGUUUGACAUAGUUAGUAAUGUUAGACAUAGACUGUGUUUUCUAUCUCUGUUUUACUUUUCAUAUUGUAUUGAUGUGUAUAUUUUUGUAAUUACAAGGCUCAUCUGUUAAAGAGGCCUUGGUCUCAGCAUGACUCCCUGUCAAAAUAAAGGUUAAAUAAAUAGGAGUAAUUCACACAUGUAAUAUGGCGUGAGUUGGACUCUGUCACCUGGACUUUGCUCAUAAUACCCCUAACAUGCUGCAGUCUGACUUUGGAACUCAAACUUUAGCGUUUGACAUUAUUGUGGAAUUCUCACAUAUUCACCCUACUUCAACAGUAGCAGUUAUCCUUGUUUCCCUUUCUUUUAUAAUACUGAAAUGCCAGAGAACAGAACAGACCUAUUUGGAUACAUAUCCUUUUUAGAUGUCAGAUUCUUACAUUUUCUCUCUGACAAUAAUAAAGCUAAUAUUGGGUGGUUUGAUGUUGAUUAUGUUUUAUUAAUAUUUUUGUUAUUCCAGGUCAACUUUUUCAUAUUUAUUCGGAUCAUACAGAUCCUUGUCUCCAAAUUAAAGGCACACCAAAUGAGGUACACCGAUUAUAAAUUCAGGUAAGAAAGAUACAGCACCUUCUAAUCCAUGAACUACAUAAAAGAAAACCAGAAUAAAAACACAAAACAAACACUGUAUUGUAUCUUGUAAAACUGACUUAGUCAACUCAUUGCUUACACGUGUUUACUUGUUUCUUGUCACGUGACUUUGUCCAUGUCAUACCUUGUUAAACACUGUCCCAUUCACGGAACAUUACCGUACCUUUGGCAGCGUUGUUGUCACUUAUCGUCCAGCAUGAACACACAAGGACUCUACAGCAGACAUUAUGAUGACAUAACUCUUUCCACACUAAAGACAUUUGCUUCAAACUCAGUUGACAUCCAUUACCUCAAUAAUCCAUCACUAAGUUGACUUGCACUUCUACUAACCCUUUAUGGCAUGCAGAGGAAAGGGAGCUAUGGAAUUCUUUGAUGUUUCUGUGGUAUUCAAGGAGGCCUCCCAUCCAUUGAUUGUGAGCCGGGGUCCUUGGAGACGGUAUAGACUUUUUAGGAAACCAGCCACAUCCAAGAGACCAGUUGCAUGCAUAAUCCUCUGACCUAAGCCUGGCCUCGAGGCACACUGGAUAACAUGAGUCUAAUUGGAAUCUAAGGACAAAUGCAGCUGAUGCACUGAUUCUGAACCACCAAAGAAUCAUGGGAAGAGGAGGCCUUUCUGAUUUCCCAAUCAGGUUGUGGCUUUCGUUGUUUGGCUUUUAUGUGUUUGUGUGAAAAGGGAACCAUCCAUUGAUGUCAUUGAUGAAAGAGAUUCACCAUAUAGGACCAAAUAGACCUCUCUAAUAGUUGCCCUUUCUUGGCUCUGUAAAGGAUGCUCUGUGUGUGCAGGUUGGCUAAGUCCACUCUGACCCUCAUCCCUCUCCUGGGCAUCCAUGAGGUUGUCUUUGCCGUGAUGUCAGAGGAACAGACAGAGGGCAUCCUCCGAAAUAUCAACCUCUUCUUUGAACUUUUCUUCAACUCUUUCCAGGUAAUAUGAUGAGAUACAAAGGUUAUGCAUUCGUCUAUAUGGCGGGGUGUUUGGGUAGGCCGUCAUUGUAAAUAAGAAUUUGUUCUUAACUGACUUGCCUAGUUAAAUAAAGGUUCAAUAAAAAAAUAAAAUGCUGUGUGAGUGUGUGAGUGAGUGAGUGUCUUCUUCUGAUACCUCUCUCUCUCUCGUCCCACAGGGUCUCCUGGUUGCCAUCCUGUACUGCUUCGUCAAUAAAGAGGUGAGUAAGGAAGAAGUGAAGUGUGCUCUCAACAAAGCCCAGGGCAAAACAAGUGUACUUGAAUAUCAUUAGCAAACACCUGAGGUUAUGGCACAUUCGUCUCUGUUUGUUCCUAUGAGAAGCCAGUGCUUUCUGUGACCUGCUGGGUAUGUCACCCUGUCACUGUGGGUUAGCUGUCUCACAGAGAAGCUCACUACCUAAGUCCACAGGGCAACGGGAUGUCAUUGAGGGGCCCAGCCAUGUGUAGAGUCAAGAAGUGUAUAGGCCACUGUGUGACAUGAAAGGUCCGAUGUAUUUCCUGUUGAGAUAUGGCCUAGUUUGGUUGAGGUAGCCUACAUACAGUAGUGUUUAAAGUGAGUAAAGAUCAAAUUAGAUACAAUUUGUCUUGUGAAACGUUAUUCCUGGUCAGAUCAUAAGGUCAGGAAAAACUCAUUACCCUCCCUGCCUCCAUCUCUCCCAGGUGCAGUCAGAGAUAAAGAAGAAGUGGCAGCGAUGGAAGCUGGGUAUGACCGUCCUGGACGACCUUCGCAACACCGGCAGCAACACGGCACAGGGGGGCACCAGCGGCGGGCAGUGCCACCACAACCCGCCCUGCCAGCCUGACUGUCCACAGGAGGACACCCACAACCUCUCCUCGGACGCCUCCGCCUCGGGGCUGCAUCUCGACCCGCACCCACACCACCAUCCAGGAGCCAAGAAGGGCAAGGCAUACUGCUACAUUUCCGCCCGCAAGCAGGUGCUGAACGGCCUUGAUGGAGCUCCGCUGGGCAACGGGGGCGGAGAUGGAGCCAUCAAAUACUCUGAGAGCUACUGCUGAGUGGCCCUGUGGGGGGCUAAUGGGGGCUAACAACUAGCUGGCUACCUUUGUCAUUUCUAGUGGAUGGAAUCUGAACCAGACAAUCACCUGCUUCCAAUUCAGUUGUGUACUUCCAGAUCUAUGUGGCCUACUUGGUGUUUCGUCAAACCCAUGUCUUAAUAGUUGUGUGAAUGUGAUCUGGGACUCAAUGGAUGAUUGCCAGAAUGCAUUUUCUGCACUGGCCAAUCAGGCUGUGUUGUGACUCCUGUAGGCUUUCAGUGGCAGAUAAGAUGACCCAUCCCAAGUGCAAUAUCGCCUCAAUUGACCUAGAUGUUGAGGAAAGCUACUUAAAUUAGGAAAUGAACACCAUCCAACCAUUAUCUUCUCUGAUUGGACUGUUUUGGGGGUUUGCUUCUUUGUUUUCUACCUCUCGCUCUACUUGUGGACAAAAUGGAAACGUUAUGUGCCAACCGUGGACCGUCUUUUCAUGUGCAAUGGAUAUUAUAACAAUAGUGUGUUGAUAUGUUGGUAUUGGACAAUCACUCUGUGAAAAACUUAGAGAAGGCAAGAGUUGAGUAAACCAAUAUUGUCUUCAACAGUGAGCUGGCCACACACUAUGGUUUGCCUAGGCAAUACUGUAUUUUGAAUUCUUCUCACCCAAUCGUUUAACAUCUCUAAUGCCCCUUGCUCUCUAGUCAUACAUUUACUGCAACCUUAUAGGCGUAACUGAAUACUGUAAGCAAAGGAACCGCGCUCGUACGCAAUAUCAAUAUCAUAGACCUAAAGGAAGGCACAUAACUAACAUGGUGGUGGCUGAAAAUGAAAAAAAAAGAUGUCUCUGAUUACAUGCCUAAGGGGGGUUCGAUCACAUGCACUAUAUGGAAGAUAACUAGCAAGAGAUUUAUUCUUCAAAUGAAGUCAGUGGGGGAAGGGGAGUUUCUUUACUGCACUGUCAAAAUGGGUUUAAUUAUUUGUAAUGUCCUAUUGACAUAGUGAAAACGAUCACAGAAUGGAAGGUGACCGUAAUCCAGAGGUCUUUUAAGCACUGCAUCUAUAAGCAAAUGAAAAGAUGAGAACAGGAACGGUGUAGAAUCUUCUCGAUUUAUCACAGACUUAUGGAAUCUAGAAUGAAAAUGAUCUCUAUCGUGGUGAGUUAUGGUAGCUUGUUAUCCGCCACAAAUCUUUUUUUCUUGUAGGUUUUCCAGACUAACCACAACCACUUACUACCCAGCUGAAGGUUUUAUAUCCCCCUGAACACAGGUUGUAACAUCCCAAGAGGGAAUCUCUCCUCUGCCUCUGCCAUGUAGCCUAAUCCCUAUGGUGCAAUAUGAAAUGGCUCUCUACAUGAUAGACCACAGCUACAAAAUACACAUUAGUAUUCUACUGUAUGUGUGUUGAUGGUAUGUUGUAGGUCUAUGUGUCUGACAGCAUGUUUGCAAAGCUAGGAUCCAUUCUGUUCCUCUGUGAAGACAUCUGGUACAUUACAUAUAUCUGUGUAAGGACGCAACAAACUCAGUUCUCUAUGCUGGAAUCUGUGAGAAACAAAAUAUUUUGCCCUGAUCACACACUCACCCUCAGUGAAGAUUUGAAAUACCAAUUAACCAAUAUGAGUUUCGCUAAAGGUGAUUCUUUGAACCCAUUUCAUGAUUUUUAACAAGCACAGCACAACCCUAACUUCUCCAGAUAUAGCUUGACUACUCUGUGUGUAUCGAUCUGUCUGAGCAUCCAGAACCCUCAACUCAUUUUACUGUUUGUCAUUAGUCUCUUCUUGAGGGUCACAUUAAACCUAAUGGCUAUCCACCAGUUGAACAGUGGUUCUGUAGGCAAUUAAACCAGGCAAUUUCCAACUUCCCUUUUGAAAUAGCUCCUCUAAACCACAUACACAGAGGCCCCAUCUUCACACAUACCAAUGGAGUAAUGAGGUAGCUUUGUAUUUCUGUCUGACCAUUCACUCCAAAUGGGGUCAACCCAUUACCCAAGCAUGUCCACCAUUCAUCUCUCAGUGUCAUCAAAAUGUAGUAUGUCAUACAAAAUAACAUACAUUUUUUCACUAGCAGUAUUCCUACUAGGGUCAUUACUGGUGCUUGACAGAGAUGCCUCUGGUGGCAUAGAUCAUUACUC